AUGCCUUCCAACGAGAAAUACGAGUAUGUCUUUGAUGAGUCAGUUGAGAACCGACGCCUUGCGGGUCAGCACCAAGCUAUCAAACUGGGAAUGGGCAAAUUGGUCUUAGCACCUUUGCAGGUGUUUGAGAAGAAGCUUAGAAUUCUCGAUGCGGGUACUUCUGAUGGUUACUGGCUUGAUGAUUUCAGGCCAUCCUUGGCUCAUCCUGAAACAUGUGAGCUCUUGGGAACUGAUAUUACCGGCGAGCGAUUUCCGCAACACCCACCGCCUGGCAUCAAGCUCGUAGCCCAAAGCUCCAUGGGACCUUGGCCUGAGGAUUGGCUGCAAUCUUUUGACCUUGUGCAUCAGCGUCUUACACUUUUUGGCCUCGGCACCAAGUCAAAGGAAUGUGUUCUGUCGCUCAUGGAUAUCGUCAAGCCAGGUGGUUGGAUUCAGCUGGUCGAGACCGAGAACAGUUCGCAUGAGCCAAAUGGGCCCAUGGUUAAGCGUCUCGGCGGUUUGAUCAAAGAGCUCUCUAUUGGAAUGGGCUCUGACUUGAGCUUUAGAGGCGGUGCUAUGGAAUCAUGGAUCCGAGAAGAGGGUUUUAUUCGUGUUGGCUCCAUGCUUGCACCGAUUAUGUUAGGCGCAAACUGCCCUGAUCCCGCACUUCGCGAGCAAACCGUGGAAGCAUACUGCUUCACCGCCACUCAGCUCUUGAUGGCUUGCAAAGGUUUCCCUGGCGGUCUGAAAUGCAUGACUGAGGCCGAAUCUGAAACCUUUAUUUCCGAUCUUGGUGAGGAGCUUCGUAAUGAGGGUGGUUACUUCCCCCUGCGAAUCGUUUGGGGUCAACGUCCUAAGAGCUCUAACUAA